GUGUUCGAUAAAAUUUGUCGAUAUAUUCAAGUAGACUAGCACUAAGCACUAUCUCAAGUAACUUUUUUAAUGAUUCAAAACUUGAUGCUACAACAAACUAAUUUUUAAAUAUUAUUAUUGGUUACUGUUUUCUAGCAUCAGCUUUCCCAUAUUUUAACAAUGUCGUUACUUGAAGACGUUUUUCUGCAAGAUGAGGCAAAUGAGGCCCAAGAAUUAGAGAGAGUUAUUGAAGGGGGUGAUUUUGAACAGGGAGUUGUGUCCAACAGCGAUGAUAAUAGUGAAAAAGAAGACGAAGCAGAAGAAGAUAAAAGGCGUGUGGACCCUGGAUCUACCAAAAUAAAGAGAGUAGUAAAAAAUCCAAGGUUUAUACUAAAUCCUGCCCGACUUACUGGCCCCAGAGGAAUACAAGUCAUUCCUGAACAUUUCAAAGAUUUUAAAUUCAAUGGUAAAGGUCAUGAAAAGGAGGAUUUAGAUCUUGUCUUAAAAAAACUAGAGCACUGGGCAUACAGAUUGUAUCCUAAAUUCAAGUUUGAGGACUGCUUAAAGAAAAUAGAAACAUUGGGAAAGAAACGGCCUGUUAUGGUACAUCUCCAAAAGAUCAGAUCGGAUCAAUUUGUAUCUGAUGAGCUAGUAGUACAAAAGGACUCCAGUGAUGAAGAGACAGCUGAACCAGAGCCAGAUGAAUUCGAUAAGCUAUUACAACAGCAAAUAGAAUUGGCUAGAGCCACCCCUGCCCCUGCUAAUAGAAGCAUUGAUACUGCUGUCGAAAAUCGCUCACUAGUGGUGCCUAAAGCUACAUCAUCGCCGUCAAUAAGCGAGGAGCAGAAGGAAAGAAUGCUUCGCAAUCGAAAACUAGCUGAAGAAAGACGACUUGCUAAACUGAAUAAUUCCAGUAGCACUACUCCUAACAAUUCUAAUAUUACAAAUGUAUGUGAGGUAAAUAAUUAUAUACAGGGUAAAACAAAGGAAGUUAGUUCAGAUGAAGAAAACGCCGGUGAGAUGAAUGAAGGACAGGCACAUAAAUAUGAAGAAUUAGAACCUAAUUCUAUUCUCCAAAAAAAGGGUAAGCCGAAUGUUAUAGACAGUUCUGAUGAAAUAUCGGAUAAUGAAAUAAUUGCACUAAAGAAUAGUUCUAAAGAUGAUAACAUAGAUAAGGAUACAGCCGAAUCACAAGGAAAAAAGCGUAAAGCUAAUAUUUUAGAUAGUUCAGAUGACAAAAACCAUGAUCACACUGGUAUUUAUUUUGAAAAGGAAAAUAUUAGUGAACAAAUAGAUAGUGACAGUGCAAGAGUUAGUCUUAAAAAUAAUGUAUCUGAGGCAACAAUAGAAUCAAAUGAGUUUAAUGAUGGUUUUAAGCAAAAUGAAAACAAUGGAUUAAAUAGGAGUAGUGGAUUAGACAUUAGAGAUGUAGUUUUAGAAAAUAGUAUUAUACAAAGCACAAUACAAGGAUUGGUAGAAAAUGAUAAUAAUAUAAACUUGGAACGCGAUUUAAAUAAUGGCGUCAAUAGCUCAGAAAACGAAGGUUUAACUAAUGUUAAUGAACGAAAUGAGGAAUUAAUGGAUGUAGAUUUUAGUGAAGACUUUUAAUAGUAAAUUCAAUUCAAUUUGUGUUGCAUAUGUAUCAGGCUAAAGAAGAAUAUAAAGUAAAAUGUAACCAUAAACAAAAGUAAGCGUGAGAAACUCAUGCUAUAUUAGAAUUCAAAUAGUUAACGGAAUGGCCAUCUGAAACAAAUUCAGCUUGCGGUUACUAAACGGUAUUCCUAAUUGUCGAAUUAAAACGAAAUUAUGUUUAGUUUUAUUUUAUAAUUUUUCUAAAUUGUAUAUUCUUGAGGGCUUGUAUAAUGUGUAAUAUUUUAUUUUUUCUCGAUGUUUGACAAACAGCGAAAGAGUACAACAGCGUUCUUAAUCUAGCAAUAAAUAAACAAAUAUUAAAUUUCGGAAAAAUUUAUUACAUUAGUUCAAACGAAAAUACUUAUAUGUACUGUGUACAUGAUGGUUGAAAAUAAACUUUAAAUAACCUUAUGCUACAAAUGCAGAUGAUCUUUGUAUAAUGAUGUGAAUGAAUGUAAACAUGUAGCACAGAAAUUUUUAUUUCUGCAUAAAUAAAAAUGGUGGCAUUUUCACAGUGACUUAGAUUAAAGAUGCCAAAACAGUUUGCUACGAAGCCACUAUAAUCUUGGCAACGGCCUUAACAUUGGUCACAUACCAGAUUACCGAGAAUUCUUUUCCAGUGGGCUCAAGCACCAAGGUCAUGUCAUGUUAUGGCAUUCAUAUAACUAGAUAGUGAACGAUGUCUUUUAUGGCGAGAUUAAAGUAUUUGAAAUAUAAAAUUCUCUUUUAGCCAAUAACAUUGAUGAUGUUUUCAAUACUUGGCUUGUCUAAGAACCAUGCUCACCUGACACGUUACAAUGUACCCCAAGAAUCAAAUGGGAGAACACAUUUUGUAUAUGAAAGUAUCAAUUUUCAUGUUUCAGUACCUGCCACCACACAUUUAUUUUCUUCAAAUGGUUGUCGCCAGGAAUCCUACCCAUACAAUCCUUGAUUUAUAUGCAAUAUGUACUGCCAAGAUUUUAGAUACAAGAAAGAGGUACACUUUACAAUUGUAUAAUAUACAAAAUUAAUUAACAAUUUUACAUGCAUUUCUAAGUUAUUCUAAAUAUAGCAAUUCCCAAAGUUUA